AUAUACGAAAAUUACAUAAUCACACCAAAUAAUCGAAGGCUAUUGUAUAUUGACCAACGUCUGUGCAACCUGUGUUGUGACAUACGUGAUGUCGACACAUCGAUCUUAUCGCAUACAAUUACUUCUAUAGUGGAUAAAUAGUAUAUAUAUUAUUCCAUCAUUAUAUUGACCUAUAGAAGUCUGCAAAAAUAACAUGGAUUACACCAUUUGAAUUGGUUCUCUCCACCUCAAUGUGUGUAAGCUUAUGGAAUUCCAACGACUUGGCGAUAUUGAAAUAAGAUAUUUUUGUGUCUAAAGUAAAAUGGACAAUCCGGAUUUUGUUGAAGCAAGGCCGCCACCAGCUUUGGACGGGUGGAUUCUAUUGGCAACAUACGUACGUAAGACAUGGUUUCAGGUUGCACUGACAAUAUUGCCCUUCACACUGGUGUUUAUUCUGGCAGCACAGAAGAAACGGCAUAGCUAUACAGAAUAGAGUGGAUUCACAAAACAGGAAUGAAAAUGUAUAUAUCCCACUUUAUGUCACAAUCAAAGUAACUGGAAACCAUAAUAGCCAGGAAAUAUAGCAUUUCUAUGAA